UUAGUCUGGACUCAGAGAGGGACUCAGACUCCAGAGUGGUUCAAUGCACAAGUAACCAUCAGCAUGAACGAUACAAUACGGAUGGUGUUCACUGGCCAUAGAAACACCAACAGUCAAGGAUUCAUCGCCAUUGAUGACAUUGCAGUGAGGGAGGGGGCCUGCAGUGAUCAGAACAUGUGUGGUUUUGAGUCUAGCUUGUGUGGCUUUGAAAACUCGGUCAGUCAUAAGGGUCAGUGGCAUCGCAAAAGGGGAACACAACAUCAGGUGGAUCACACUUAUGGAACUGAAAAUGGUUUCUACGUGACUGUGAUGACAACAAACUCGACACAGACUGAAAUAGCUCAGCUGAUCACGCCAGAGUUCACGUCAGCUACAGAGAUGUGUGUACGCUUCUGGUACUGGUUACCUGCAGGUUCCUCUAAUGACCUUGCUGUUCAUUUGCUGCGGAGUGGGGAGCAGCUUGAUGCCCUUUGGAAACGGUCUGGAGCAUCUUCUACAGGCUGGGAGGUGGCGGAGGUCACUGUGUCCUCUCCGGCAAAAUUCCGUGUAAGCUGUGUGGCGUUUACGGCGAUCCAAGUGGCAGGCACUAAUUCUACAGUGAAACUAGAUGAUAUUUCUAUGAGAGAUGGGACCUGCAGUCCUCCAGGCAGCUGUGACUUUGAGUCCGGACAGUGCAGCUGGGUCAACAUCCCCAAAGGAGACGGACAUGACUGGGUGAUGGCCAAUGGGGGCUUCCAGGGUCCGCCUACAGACCACACCACUCAGACCCCAGAUGGUACGACCUCAGAUGUACCUCAACAUAAUAAGCUUAACAUGAAUAUGCCACUGGAGUAG